AUGCCUACCAUCAAACGCAAGGCGGUGGCGGGGGCCAUGAAGGGGACCAAGCGCGCCGACGCAUACUCCAUCCUCGACACGUGCUUCGUGGGCCAGGCGUCCAGCCUGCGCGUCCCGGCGGUCAGCAUGGCCUUCUCCGGCGGCGCCGCGCUCAAGCUGUCGGCGCAGAACCUGCUCGUCGACGUGGACAGCUCCACGACGUGCCUCGCGUUCGCGCCCGCGAGGAGCGCCGCCAUCAUCGGGAACACGCAGCAGCAGACGUUCAGCGUCGUCUACGACGUCAAGAGCAACAGGAUCGGCUUCGCCGCCGGCGGCUGCACAUGAUUAAUUCCUCCUAUGGAAGAAGGUGCACGCGCGCAUGCAUGCUCGGAAUGGGUUUUAAUUUAAUUUGUUACUACAUGCACGUUCACUUUCUCAACUCGCCGGUUCGAUCGACC